UCUCAAUAAACAGUCAAACGGUUGUACACUUAAUUUUAUCAAGUUUAACCCAAUAUCCAAAUGAUGAACAAAAAUGUUAACCAGUUUAUUUAAAGUAAACUUCAAUUGAACAACUCGUUACAAGUUUCAUUAACCAACAUUAACUGUUUAAUAAUAGAUUAAUAAUAAUGAUUAGAUUGUUCAACAAUCAAUUAAAGUGUAAUUCCGUUAACUUGUUAUGAGUGCCUCUGUGUCCUAACCUCACAUUAACUAUGGAGGAUCGACCUGAAGAAGGUUUGUGUUCCAAUGGAAGUAAUUCAUUGAUUGCUCAAAGUGAAUUAAAUACUGAUUCAAUCAACACCAAUACAAUUAACACUUCAACAAGCGAAACUUGUAUCGAUAGUAAAUCGUCGCGAUUAUCAUUUAGCAUAAGUCGACUACUUUCCAAGCCAACAACAUCGGAUAUCCAAAGCUAUGGUAAAGGCUCAUCGAUUGUCACUCAAUCCAAAUCAUCACCUUCCAUACCUUUAACGAUAGCACCUUCGUCUUCACCUGCAUCAUCUUUGUCAUCGUCUUCUUCAUCUUCCUCUUCACCUUCCUCGCCCUUGUCAAGGAUUGACGAUUUUGCGAGAAAUGGUAAAAUUGAAGGUAAUGUUAGUCCAAUUUUAUUUGGAAAUAAAUUGUCGCCAACUUUGAUUACAGGGUUAAAUCAUUCAAAUGGCAACAAUCGGUCAACCUCAACAACACCUCCACCCACUCUGUCACCCUCUUCAUCCUCUUCUUCAUCUUCAGCUUUGCCACCUUCAUCGUCAACGACAACAGCAAUAACAUCAUCGUCAACCAGUGCACCGAUUAACUCGUUGAGAUUUGAUGGUUCAUUGAAAGGUUGUCCCGAUAAAGAUUUUGACAAAUCUAGUAACCACUAUGAUAAUGAUAAUUUAAUGGCUUCCAAUUUUUAUCAUCAUUACAUUACCGAUGCUUUUAGUGAUUCAAUGUUGAGACUUCAUGGUGUUCACCCUCACCACCAUCCACAUCACCCUCAUCUCUAUCAUCCUCAUCCAAUCACAAAUGGAAAUGAUUCAAAUUCAAUUUCAAAUCAUCAGAGAUCCUAUCAAUCCACCUAUUCAUCGGCAGUUGAACAUAACCAGUUAAUGAGACCAGCAUUCAGUAUAAGUCGACUUCUCUCGGCCAGUCGUAAUGAUUCAGUGUCCUCAUCUUCAUCGUCUUCAGUUUCCUCUUCAAACAACAACAACUCAAAUGCCCCAAACAGCAUUGCCAACAGCAACAACAACACUUUACUAAACAGCUUCAACCGAUCGUCUUCAAGUUCAACUGCAACCUCAAAAGAUAUUGACCCUCGAACCUACACUAAUCCAGUUCUCAGAUCAUCUCUUUUCACUGGAUCACACCAUGCUCACCACCAUGCUCACCAUCCACACCAUCCUCAUCACCAUCACCACCAUCAUCAUCCUCAUCACAACAACCUGACCCUAGGCUAUCCUCUAGCCUGGAUGUCCAGUUCUCGAGGUAAACCUCGCCGUGGGAUGAUGAGACGAGCCGUCUUUUCAGAUGCACAAAGACAAGGAUUAGAGAAGAGAUUUCAAGUUCAAAAGUACAUCUCAAAGCCGGACAGAAAGAAAUUGGCCGAAGAAUUGGGUCUCAAAGAUUCUCAGGUUAAAAUUUGGUUCCAAAAUCGUCGAAUGAAGUGGCGAAAUUCCAAGGAAAGAGAAUUGUUAUCUCAUGGUGGAUCUCGUGAGCAAACAUUGCCGACCAAAAAUAAUCCCAAUCCUGAUUUGACUGAUGUAGGAGUCAAUGAGAAGUCUUCCAGUAAAUCUUCAUCUUCCCUGUCAACAAGCAGUAAAACAUCGAAGGAUAAAAACUUGAUAAAUAGGUUUAAAGUUGAGGAUGGCUAAAGGUGAUUCAAGAUUAUCAGAUUAAUAAAGCGAUUCAAAGGUUACAAUGGAUUAUUGAACAAGUAUAAUUAUUGGAUAAAAUUGUGAAUCGAAUUGAAACUUUUCCUUGUCUCGGCCACAAAAUGUAUUAUAAAAUCGUCUCGAAAAGCUAUCAAUUUGUAAAUUAAAUAUUGUAUAAAAAGUUAUUUAUUGAAAGGAAAACAAUUAAAAAUUGUAAAACAAAAGUG